GCUUCUUCUUUUCAUUUACCUCUCACCUGAAGAUUGGCUCCUCACUCACAGUGAACAUUAGGAAAAGAUCAUGGAAAGUACCCAGCUGAGAAAAAUGACGGUAUCUUCUUUAUUUCACAGAUUUCUGGUGAUCUGUCUCAUUUCAGGUACGUCUGCCUUGGAAUGCAUCAGCUCCACCCUCAUUCAAAAUAACUACCCGCUCGACACAGUGGGGCUUAAGAUUUCCUUACCUGAGCAAAAGAUCAACUGUUCCACUAAUGAAAAUGCUUGUGAGGAGGUGCAGCUGAUACUCAGGAUAGAUAGAAGUGCUUUGUUAGUGACCCACAGAGGCUGUGCUACCAAGGACCUAUAUGGUGGUCCAGAAUCUACCACCACUGGUCAUCCGCACUACAACAUCCAGUCCAGCGUGACCUAUUGUUUCCAUGACCAGUGCAAUGCAAACAUCACAGAUGAAAUAAUCCUUCUGAACCCUGAUGACAACAAAGCAUCUGAAGCAAAUGAUUCAGCCCAAUGUUAUUCCGGCCUCAGUUUUGACUCUUCGGAAGUUAUCAUGGACCAAGUAAGAUGCGGCAAAGGCUACCACCAGUGCUAUUUCGGCGCCAUGAGUGUCGCAGCAGGAAGCAUCUCUGUGCUCACCUACAUCAAGACUUGCAAGCAGAGCACCAACUGUACUGUCCCCCAGAGUCAAUCCUUCGGUUCCAUAAAGUUGAUCAGUCGGAGCAGCUCCUGUUGUGUGGGCAGUUUCUGCAAUACAAAAGAAAAUGCAACUUAUGCCCCGAACAACGGGCAUUUGGUUCCCACCAUAGAAUCUCCCAGUAAAAGCCCUGACCACAGGGAGGGCUAUUUCCCCAUGAAUCCAGAUUGGGACAGCUACAGUAAGGACAAUAAUAAUGACGCUGGGAAUGCUGAUCCCCAAUUUCCUGCCCACUCAUUUGUUGUGCCAUUUAUAACUGCCUCAAGAGCUCCCUCUGUGGCAACUUGCUCCUUUGUAACAGUCCUAGGACGUGCGAUCCUAGGGCUAUCGUGGUGAGAUAUGGGAUCCCCUUGAUUCAAAGUCUGUAGACAAGCUGGGAAAGAUGUCUUGUAGCCAUAGAUAUCUGCAGGAGGGCAAUGGGAACAAAUGACAAAUCACAUAUGGCAAUGGUGCCAACAGAAGCCGUUUCAGUUCCUGCAGCAAAGCAAGGGGCUACCUUCGCUUGCCUUUUUUAAUGGACCGACCCUCUUUUAUCUCACCUAACCCCAAAUGCUUCCUGCUAUGCACUUCAUCUUAGCCCAAAGGCCAGGAAACUAAUCCUAAUCCUAUAGUAAAAGAAAUAAACAUAAAAAACAGAUUACAGCCUAACCAUUGUGAGAUGAUCAGGCCCACAUAAUUUAUCUGUGACUUAAUAUGAAUUUUAUAUAAUACAGAUUCAAUAGGAUCAAAGCUGGGAGUGCUUUGGAAUAUGUUAUUAAAGCAGCCAGAGCAUAGAACGCUUCAACGGUACCACUUGCAUUUUCUUGUUUUAAUGCAUUCAUUUCCAGGAUGAAUUUAAAGAACAGGUAAUGGAAUUAUAUUUAGAGGCUGAGAGAGUUUGGAGACUGGUUAUCUAAAGGAAGGAAUGUGGAAGCCUAUGAACUUGCUCAGGUUGUAGAAUCAGUCUCAAAGACUUUAUUGAUUAAGACUUUACUGAUUAAAACUUCUUCCACUAAAUAAGUGUUU